AUGCGUUCGAUAAAAAAACCUCUGGGUAGCAUCGAUACUCGUGUGAAAAUGACUGACACUCCUCCGGACGGACUUCUCUCCCCAUCGUUCGCGUCUGUCAUCGCUUAUGGUAAUAUUCUGCAGCGUGAACCUCCCACUCUCAAUGAAAUGGACUCCCGCGCUCGUGAGCCGAAGUCAAUGCAACGAAUCACGACUGAUGAACUCGGCGAGGGGCUUGACGAACGGGAUGAGGAGCGAUAUCCUCGACUGGAUUUAGAUCCCGCCAUGGACAAGUAUCAUAUCCUGGAGAGCCUCACGGAGCCGACAAACCCGCAGAAUACUCCCGCUUCUAACAGUGGUUGCGAUAGCCCAGGUGAUGUCUCUCGACGCAGCAACGGCGAGGGUCUGCGUACCAGCUCCGCCCCUAUUACCCCGGCCUUGACUAUCAACUGGUUCGAAGACCAGCCGGUUGAGAGCUUGUAUUACCUUCUUGGUGAGGCAGACGAUGGUACCAAGAACCAGAAUCAGAAGCGUCGCUUCUCCGCCGAUGACCAGCCGCGCUCGACCUCCCCAAUCACCGUUCCCAAGGAAGUCCAUCUCCAAGCCACUGCAGAUGUCAAUCCCAUAGGAGAUGACAUUGAGAAAGCCGCCACGACUCUGAGAUGCGUUCGAUUCACCCCACCCCUGGACUUGUCUCCGGCGCGUUCUCCACCACGCUCGUCUCGCGCAGUGAACCAGCCACUUCCCUCCAUGGAACGAAAGCAAGACCACGUCUCCACUCACCGACAGCAAAAUCAGAAUGAGAAAUGGAGAGAUCCAAACCGCGCUCGUGGCAAUCGGGUUUCGCCAAAUCGUAGCCCUGUGCGAGCCUGUCAGCCUUCGUCCAAUCCUUCCAGCGACCAGCCAACAGUCCGCUUUUUGUCCCCUUCGAAGUGUGCUUUUGGAGGUGAUCGACUGCAUUCGACAAGCCUGUUCCAAAGCAGCUCGGACCAGGAGGCCCCAGAAAUGUCCGGUGCUCUGACAGACGAACCAACUGCCACCAAUGGGUUUGCGUCUUCAGGACAGGGAUUUGAUCUUGCUGUGAUAUCAUUCUCUUUGUACCGCUUCCGAUACCCUGGGUCAUCGCGCGCAGGGGUGUUUCAAGCCCGGAUAAAUUGUACAGUCAUCCCGGUGAAGCAUUCACCUCAAGAAGGGAAGACAAAUAAGACGGUGGUGACUCGGAUGGCUGUUGAUGACUUGCUUUUGCAUACCUAUGUCAUUGUGCCGGCUUUAAUUCUGCGCCUCCCUCUUCUUGGUGUCUCAGUCGCCAAGCAGUUCAAGCAUUCACGACUUGGUAUUGCUACAACCUACUUUGUGAACAUACUCUGGGCCAUGGCACUGAGGGCUUUCUAUUACGUGCUACUCCGACUUGGCCAGGAUGUUUAUUAUCACUCCAAGCCGACGACACCGCGCCAGAAAAAGAGACACUCUACCUGA